AUGGUGCACCAUCUGGUGUUGGGCAAUACUGCAACUCCCGCGAAAGACGGCAAGCGAUACAAUUGGACGUUUUAUGUCCGGGGUGCCACAGACUACCUUGAUUCGGUGACGAUCAAACUGCAUCCAACCUUCAAAGAUCCUGUGCGCACUUGUGAUGCAGCUCCCUUCGAGUUCAAGUCGAGGGGCUGGGGCACCUUCGAGAUUGCCGUUCUGUUGAAGUUCAAAGAGGGUACGAGUCUGAGGACAUCUUGGGAGCUUCAGUUCGAUCAGGAGGACGCGAGUGGGCAGCUGGAGGUGCCGCCCGGCAUAAUGGCAUCGCUGCCAACACUAAGCAGCCACAAGACAGAGACGCUCCAUCCACUCAGUCCACCCCCUCCUCCCCCCCCUCCACCUCCUCCUGCGCCGACGGAUGACAGGGAUGGUGCAGAGUCGCACAGUGACAUCUAUGGUGUUCGUGGCAGCAUCGAGGGCUGUGACUCCACGGACGAGGCAAUCCUCGAGCCCGACCCCGCAGAGCCCGCAGAGUCCAGCCCGCCGCCGCCACCGGAGCUGCUGCGAGACACCAGCGAGGGCAAAGCCGACGACGACCCGGUCCGUGCCAGCGUUUGCAAGAGGCUCCGCGAGAGCGCCUUUAUGGACCCAUCGGACCCGCGCUUCAUGUUCGGGCGAGGCUACACGGGUCCUCUACAGGCGCCGAAGGUGAUCUGGAAGAGUAGUCAACCACCCCGGAAAGACCAUUCCUGCCCGAAGUGGCUCACAGCCACGGAGUUCGAGGAUCAGCCGGAGGUGGCGGUUGCAAAGGUGAAGGAGCUGGCCCAGCUCAUCAAGCUGUCCAGGAAGACUGUGGCCUACACCGGUGCUGGCAUCUCCGCCGCCGUGAUUGGCCAGGCGGCCCUUUCCGGUCAGAACACCGUGGGAUGGAAGAACAACACGCGCGCAGCCCCACCAACCUUUACACAUCACGCCUUGGGAUUUCUGGGUCGGCAAGGCUUGCUUCAUGGCUGGGUCCAGCAGAACCAUGAUGGCCUCCCACAGAAGGCUGGCUUCCCUCAAGAGCGCAUCAAUGAGAUCCACGGCAGUUGGUACGACCCGAGCAACCCAGUGGUGAAGUACAGUGGCACCCUCCAUGACAAGUCUUAUCCAUGGAUGCGGGAAGAUGCAGAGACGGCUGACCUCUGCCUGGUCCUGGGCACGAGCCUGGGCGGUCUCAACGCCGACCAGGUAGCCACGAAGACUGCAGACCGAACGCUGCUGCCACCGGCGCCGGCGGCAGGCGUUCUGGCACCAGGUGCAUGGAUCUCGCUUCGGCGACCGGGAGGUCUUAAGGGCCUGGUCACGGCGGUAGCAGAAAAUACCAUUCAGGUACGUUUCCGCCAAAGCGAUGAGGACUCAGAGGAAGAGGAUGACCGCUUGGCAGAGCCUGUAACGCUUCCGCGAGACGAGCGUUUCGAGGUGAUUCCAUCUGUGGGCGGUGGCUUGGGCACUGUGAUCCUGAACUUGCAGCAAACAGCGCAGGACGGGAAGAUGACACUGCGUCUCUUCGGCAAGUCGGAUGACAUUCUGCGAAUGCUGCUGCCGGAGCUGGGAUUUGGCCUGAGCAUCGUACGUCCCCCGGUCUGGCCCAGGCAGGAGCGAGUGCUGGUGCCCUACGACAAAGACGGUCGGCGCUUGCGGUCGGGCUCGGGUAAGCGGAUGUGGCUGGACCUUCAGAAAGGGCAAGCGGUGCGCAUAACGCCCGGCCACAACAUCCAGGGGGCCAAGCAGCCUGGAUACAUGCACAUCGGGGCGAGGAAGCCAAUAGUGGUGAAGGGAGAGACGCGACAACCAGGUGUUGGAGUCGGAACAGUGUUGAACCGCUGCAAUACAACCUGCAGCUUUAUCUUGCAGAUCGAAGGCGUCCAGAUGCGCUUAGGCAUUUGGACUAGGAGACUACUCGUAGCAUUUCAAGAGGUCACAGGUCUUCUAAGAGGUUCCUUGGCCGUGCCAUUGUACAGCUGGCAGCACGAUGGAAAAGCCCGAAAGGGCAGUGCAUCCGAGCCUGCGCCUUUGCUGGACAACCCAAGUGUGGCGCUGUGUGUAAUCUCGAUGGCCAUGGACUUUUUCCUCUUCUUUGUAAGUUCACUUGGGGUGAUAUUUGCAAGCUUAUUGCGACAAAGCUGCGACAUACCGCUGUGGUGGUUCCUCGCACUGGUUGGUCUUGUGGCCUCCAUCAGUGCGGUGCUCUAUGCCAAGAUGGCCUGGACGGAACAUGGCAGUGACAGGACAUGGACCAUUCAUGGUUUUCUGGCCUUUGUCGUUUUCCUCGUGCAGGGCGGCACGAUGGUUUGGGGCGGAUACCUCUGCUGGCUUGCCUUGGCAAGCUCAGAGUGCGCUGUUGACGUUCUCAACUUCACGCUUGUAUGCACUGGCCUACUGGCGCUGAUUGAAGUCAUCGGCUUCUUUUCGGUGUACUUCGUCUUCAUCCCCUCCUUCAUGAUGCAGCUGCGCGAUGCUGCAAAGUUUACGUAG